AACAAAUCUCUCUUCCCUAGGAGAGAGAACUCAUCGUCCCGUCAUAGUCCAGCAAGCAGCCGCGAAGAUAGUUCUUCCCUGUGGCGAGCACUACUUGGAGGUGGAGACACACCCAAGGAUGAAGCAAAUGCAUACGCCGGACAGCACCAGGAUACUAACAACGCGAUGAACCGUGACAAGUCUCCUCGAGCGGCGCCCGUUUUGGCCCGUAGUAGCCCAUUCGAAGGGCUCCGCAAUUUGUUUUCUCCCUCGUCUAACAAAGCGAAGAUGACACCGCUCCUGGCAGAUCCAAAAAUAACUUCUGCAGGUCUUGGAACCUUUGCUGGUUCUGCUCCGUCGCAACAACAAGAGGGUCUUCGCACCGGGGAAAUCAUCGCGUCUACUGGUUCUACUUGGAGUUUUGGUUUCGGAGAUUUUUAUAGAACAACCCAAUCCACUAUGCCGUUUUGGCCACCAGGGUCGUUACCUGUCUUUGUGAACGUAUAUCAUGUGUCUGCUGCUGCGAACGAGAGUCCAUUAGAUGAUGUUGUUGAAGACAGAGUCAAACAAGAAGAGCCACGAGAACAAGAGGAAGAUGCGUCGAAAGGUCCUGGAAUUGCUGCGGCCACUUCCAGUCCAGCUACGGCAGACUGGUUACAAAGGUAUGCGCUCGGACGUGCGUAUCACUCAGCAGUGCAAGUCGGUACGAAAGAGAUCUUUUUUGGCGCCAGCGGCGUGUCCGUGUGGAAGACACCCCUCUGGGAGAGGCAACCACAGAAGCCCUUCCGCCGACUACGCUAUCUUCCCAAAACGAGUCCCGGUGAGCGUGAAUUCGUUCAAAUUUAUAUCGGUUUGCUAGGCCGGCCAGCCGCUGCCCGUACAUCACAUGCCGACCCAGGAUCAGGAACUAAUGGACCUUGUUUCAACGAGGAAAGAGCGAAUAACUUUGGUUUCGGUUCAUGGCAGGAGAAUGCACAGUCAAAAACGCAAGAGAGAAGGACCUCCUCCGUUUCUGCUUGGUUUCAACAAUCGUCACAGGAGAAAGGUACAGCACCCCGCAUACCAAGAACUCGGGAAGAUGUGCGCGAUGUGAUUGACGCCAUGAAGACUUUUCGGCCAGCGGAAUUAGAAGCACAUAUUGCCUCGUCUUCAUCAGAGCAUUAUCAUGCUCCCCCGAGCCGUCACAUGGAGGACCAUCAACUACUGUUCUAUCAUCAACUCCAGCAAGACCCAGCAGGUCCUCUAGUUGUACUCAAAGAGGUGCCCUAUGAUCUUCUUCACCGAAACUGUAAUCACUUUGCUCUCGCGCUAGUGCAGGAAUUGUUUCCAGAUAGUAUUGGCGACGUCCGCACCGCAAGUUUUCAGAUUAUCAGCGAAGAAUUGGGCUCCUCUUCAGGAGCCUUGAUCUUGGAAGGUGGAGAUUCGGCUUCAGGAGGACACGAGUCUUCGAUGACUUCUUGGUCGCCUCCGCUUGGCGAUCUUAUUGGCGUCACGGACUGGCUCGCUCAGAAUGCCCCGAGGCUCUCGACCAACGUGGUAUGGGCGAGUGACAAGCUGCAAGACGGCUUCGACAGUAUGCGUGACCUCUUCCAAACUGCCAGAACACUCCCGUCAGAAUGGAGAGACGUUUUAACAUCUUGGAAACGGUUAGAGGAAGUGGUCCCGAGUCAAUGCGCCGCCGUCUGCGCCGGAUGUUGUGCGACAGAGUUAGUUGAUGCCGGAGGAGCUGUUCCUGGCUGUGUCUACGAUCCACCGCAGCAACAACAACAUCAACUGGCCCAACCUAUGAGCGUGAGCGCCAUCUCUACGGCAGUUGCGGAAGAAGGAAAAAGAGGUACACGAUACAACCACGAUGGAGGCUUUGGAGGAGGGCCCCGACGUGGCUCAACUUCUACACAAUCACCGGCUCAUGUGGACGUACCGAGAACAAGAACAAGAAGCAUCCACAUCCAAAAGCCAGAUAGUUCUAAUGAUGACGGUCGACACAGGGAAGCGGACGAAGGGGGCAGGAAUUACAAAGCCUAUCAUGGUGCUUCUCCUGAGCAGGACACGUUUGGACGAUACUCAACAUCGCGGACCGCAACUACGACUUUGAGCCAUUCCGCUUCACAACCGCCACCGCCACUACGAACUUUAGAGCAAUCCACUGGUGCUGCUACAACCACGGGGAGAAACAAAGUCGUGGAAUCAAAAUCAUGUCCGCAUCAAUUUGGCUCUUGUAGUGUGGGCAUUCCUUUACACGCGAACACGAAAGGACCGGGAAACGCGGAAUCUACUCCGUCCUCAUCAGAUAUGAGUCCACAACAAACACGAAGACGCACCAGUGGUCAGUCAGAAGAAGUGGUGGAUUUCGCAGCAAUCGGUACAGGAGAGAAAUCGACAGCGCUUGGUCUCGGUAGAUGCGACAUAUUUGAGAAUGUGCACGACAUGACUGGAGAUUCUGCUACUGUUCGUCAUCAACAACAUGAGACUACAUCUAUUUCCAAUCUUAGGCCUGUUCGUGACGGUUCUUUUUCUGGUUGA